GUGGGCAGUGGGCGCCGGGCAAAACCAGAUCAACGGCGCCUGUAAACCGGUCCAUGAGAUGAGCCGCACCGGGACACAGGUGACGGUCACUGUGCCCCAGGAUGCGCCGCCAGGGACGAUCCUUGCAGUGCCCAUCAAAGGCGGAGCAGAGACCUUGAAGGUCCGUGUUCCGGAGGGCCUGGGCCCAGGGAGCACGCUGCUGCUCACGCGCCCUGAAGGAGUAGAGCAGUGGGCUUUGAGUGUGGGCAAAGUAGUCCCUGAGGUGAAGCAGGCCGACGGAAUGACUGGGGGCUCCCCUGCCAACGGAGAUGCCGAGGAGCAGAGGCAGAAGGAGUUGGAGAAGGCAUGGCUCCAGCAGCAGGGAAAGACCGACGAGGAUCCGCCAAACGCUGCUGAGGAGGAGGAAGUGCCAAACGAUCCAGCUCCUGAGGCGCCCCUGGACUUGCCCAUGACCUCUGUGGCCUUCACCGUACGCUUCGAGACCACGGUGGGCACCAUCGACAUCGUAGUGCGUCCAGAUUGGGCCCCCCACGGCACGCUGCGGUUCCUGGAGUUGGCGGCUGCAGGCGAUUUCGACGAUCGUGCCUUCUACCGCGCAGUGCCGAGUUGCAUCGUUCAGUUUGGGCUGCCUCCGAAGCACGAGCUCUCCGCAAUCCCGGACGAUCCCCCCACCGGGGUGCCGUUCCUGCUGGGUGCCGUGGCCUUUGCAGCGGUGGGUGAAAACACCCGUCGCUCCACGAUUUUCAUUUGUACAGGUGACAUGUCUCACUGCCUGGGCCGACAAUCUUGGGAGACACCCAUUGGAGCUGUGGCCGAGUCUUCACUUGAAGUCUUGGAGCCUUGGAUUGGCAAGGGCAUCCUCACACACCCAUUGCCUCCAAUAGAAGAAGCCGAGCUUUUUGGAUUCCUCAUCGCCAGUCUCCAGCUUCUGUCUUGAAGUUGGAGAUUAAGCGAACCCUCAAUUGCCUUCAGAGUGCAUGGCCGCAAUUGGCCCCAAAGUGCACAAAGGACACUGGUUCGAGUUCCGGGGUGGAGUCAAUCAGGGUUAGUUGUUUG